AUGGCAAGUAAGAGUAAGGGACGCAUGUGUGUAGUUGCAGGAUGCAACAACAGGCCCUCGGACACCGUUUCCGUUCAUGUUUUCCCAAAGGACGAGCGACAGAGAGCAGCAUGGACUAGAUUUGUGAGACUGACCCGUGCAGACUGGACAAGAUUGUCCCAGUAUACUGUUGUUUGUAGUGCGCAUUUCAUGGACGGAUGUUUCGAGGCUCAGUUUUCACUGAUGAGAGAAUAUGUAAUUCCUGCGAAAAAACGUCUCUACCCUGGUGCGAUUCUAUCGCUUUAUCCUAAGAGGAAAGUGGACGACCUCAACCUUGCCCUCCUCUCUUCGCCCGAGCCUAAACCCAAGCGCCAGGCUGCCGUCAAGCUGGAGAAAAAUAGGCCCAUCAGUCCUGAUGAAGGAGACUUAUUUGACCUUUCAAGGGUCAUCAGAACCAUUACCAUGCUCAUUGCCAACUCAACCACCUCCACUGUGCAGUGA